AUGGCGGAUCCUGUUAGCAUUAGUGCUGCUGUAGGAUGGGGCGUAACCGCAGUAGGUUGGCUCGCCUCACCCAUCAUUCCUAGGCUCCUCAACAAAGCUUUCACCGUCCUGGAUUUCAACGCGACGGAGAAGCUGAAGAUAAUUGAUAUGCAAGUUUUACAACUGCAGCGGGUGAUGGAAGUUGUCGAUGAGAGCACCUACAGGGCUCGCUUGGAGCCACUGUUAGACAAGCUUAGAUCUGCUCUCUACGAGGCCGAAGACAUCUUGGAUGAUGUUGAGUAUCAGCGCCUCAAGAAGCAGACCCGAGAUGCCAAGUCAUCCGGCAGUAAGAUAGAUUCACUGAAGAAGACUCUUUGGUCUGCCAUGCCAAGAUCCCUCCUAAAAGAUAAGGAGAGUGGUAUGUCAAAAGUGGAAUUGAAGAAGAGCCUAGAGAAGAUAGAAAGUGCUAUAAAUGAUGCGUGUGAAGUUUUGAAACAACUGAACUUGCCAGGUGGACGUGACGAUGAUGGGAGGCGAGCUGUUGCUACCAAUUCACGCCGUGCAGUUACUACUGCAGCCCCUCCGAUAGGAGUAAUUGGUCGGGAUAAGGAUCGUGACAAGAUAAUCGCAAUGCUUCAUGAGAAGGAAGACCUUUGUCAAGCAAAUACUGCCAGUGAUACAUGUUAUUCUGUAAUUGGCAUUCAUGGCAUGGCUGGGGCAGGGAAAUCAACACUUGCACAGUGUGUUUAUGAUCAUGAGAAGAAGUGUAAGCAAGAAAAAUUGGAAGGCCAUUUCGAUAUUGUCAUGUGGAUUCAUGUUUCUCAGCAAUUUGGUUUGGAUUCCAUUUUUAGGGAGAUGUUUGAGGGGGCUACAGGGAAAGCAUGCGAUAACUUCAAUAGUCGUAACGUCCUGAAGGAAAAACUGGAGGAUGAACUGCGUGGGAAACAGAUUUUGCUGGUACUGGAUGAUGUCUGGUACAACAGUAGGAAUUCAGGAGACCGUGAAGAACUACAAAUGUUAAUUUCUCCGCUGAAUGUUGGAAAGGCAGGAAGUAGAAUCUUGGUGACCAGUCGAACUGAAGCUGGAUUAGUAGCUCUGGGUGCUGUAAAAGAGAGAUGUAUUCCAAUAUCUGACCUGGAUGAUAAAGUGUUCCUUGAAAUGUUCAUGCGUUAUGCACUUCGAGAUGCAAGGGUAAGUGACCACGAUCGGUUAAUACUUGAAAUGAUUGGAGCGGACAUUGCGAGAAAGCUGAAGAGAUCACCACUAGCAGCCAGAACAGUGGGUUCACGUCUCCGUGAGAUACAAACUGUCCAGUUUUGGAGGAGUCAGAAAGAUAGGGAUCUUAUGAACGACACAAUGGGAGCUCUGUGGUGGAGCUACCAGUAUCUUGAUGAGCAGGUCAGGCGAUGCUUCGCUUACUGCAGUAUUUUUCCCAGGGGAUAUCGUUUGAACCGUGAUGAGUUAGUUAAGUUGUGGGUGGCUGAAGGGUUUAUAAAGACUAGUAAGGCCGAAGAGGAAAUGGAAGAUGUUGCUCAGUAUUACUUUGAUGUAUUGUUGUCAUCCUCAUUUCUGCAAUUCGGAGGGAAAGAAUACUCAUAUGGACAUGGCCGUAAGGUUGAUUACUUUACAAUUCAUGAUCUGCUGUGUGAUUUAGCAGAGGAGGUUGCCGGAAGAGAUUGCUUCAGGAUCGAAAACGGCUUCACAGGAGAAGUUCCUGAAGAUGUCCGCUAUCUUUUUGUUCGGACUUAUAAUAGAGAGAUGCUUACUGAGAAGAUAUCUAAAUUGCAAAAUUUACGCACCCUCAUCAUUGAUGAAAUGAUAAGGGUUCCAUCAAACGAGUGCAAAGUCUUUGAGAAUAUUUUCACUAUGUUUACGGGGCUGCGGAAAUUGCGGGUACUGAAUUUGCAACUUGGUCUUGAUAUGUUCUCAUUCCCAGAUUCAAUUGGUCAGCUGAAGCAUCUGCGUUAUUUUGCUUUUCGGGUGUCUCCACUUACGAAGCUAACUUUACCGACAGUUUUUACCAAGCUUUACCACAUUCGGGUGGUACAUUUUGGUUUGUGUGGCAGUUUGAUGCCUUCUAGUGGUGAAGAUAUGAUGAACCUAGUCAACUUGCGCCAUGUAAUAAGCAUUGCAGAUAUGGAAUUUCCAAACGUUGGCAGAUUGAUAUGGCUCCACACGCUACCAUUCUUCACAAUAAGGAGGGAACGGGGGUAUGAGCCACAUCAGCUGAAACACCUAAACAAGCUUGAAGGCAAAUUAUUGAUCAAUGGUCUUGAGAAUGUUGAGAGCAAGGAGGAGGCUCUUGAAGUCAAUCUUGCUGGCAAGGAAAAACUCAGAAAACUGGUACUCGAAUGGGAUGAUGAUAGCUGCAGUCCAGAAGUUCAAGCAGAGGUUCUUGAGGGUCUUUGCCCAUCAAAGUAUCUUGAAAGAUUAGAUAUUAGCAAGUACCAUGGUACGAGGUUACCGAAAUGGAUGAUGGGUAAGCAUAAUGGCGGGCCAAAGAAUUUGCAAGAACUUACAUUCAGAAGAUGGAUCCAACUAGGACCUGCUCCUGACCUUGGGGCUUUCAUUCAUCUUCAGUCGCUAAUUCUUUCUAACUGCAACUGGAAUGCCUUGUCAGGCAACAUGGAGCACCUCACAUCGUUCAAGACACUGGAGAUCGAGUCAUGCAAGAAUAUAGGGUCGCUUCCAACACUGCCCAAGUCUCUUGAGCGGUUUAAAGUCAUGGGCUGCAACUGGGAUGCCUUACCAGGCAAUAUGGAGCACCUCACAGCGCUCAAGCAACUGGAUAUAAAUUCAUGCAAGAAUAUACUGUCGCUUCCAACACUGCCCAAGUCUCUUGAGGAGUUUAACGUCAGCAACUGCAGCAGGGAUGCCUUACGAGGAAAUAUGGAGCACCUCACAUCGCUCAAGAAAUUUGAGAUCAGGUUAUGCAAGAAUAUGCGGUCGCUCCCAACACUGCCCAAGUCUCUUGACGAGUUUAGAGUCAUGUACUGCAGCUUCAAUGCCUUGCCAGGCAAUAUUGAGCACAUCACAUCACUCAGGAGACUGGAUAUACAGUCAUGCGAGAAUAUGCGGUUGCUUCCAACACUUCCAAAGUCUCUUGAGGAAUUUAUCAUCUUUAACUGCAGCUUGGAUACCUUACCAGGCAAUAUGGAACACCUCACAGCACUCAAGAAAUUGAGUAUCAGUAUCUGCAAGAAUAUACUGUUGCUUCCAACACUGCCCAAGUCUCUUGAGGAGUUUGUCGUUACAGACUGCAGCUGUAAUUCCUUACCAGGCAAUAUGGAACACCUCACAUCACUCAAGAAGCUGUAUAUACACUCAUUCAAGUAUAUGCAGCCGCUUCCAACACUGCCCAAGUCUCUUGAGGAGUUCAGCAUUGCACACUGCAGCUUGAAUGCCUUACCAGGCAAUAUUGAGCACCUCACAUCACUCAAGGAGCUGAAUAUACGGUCAUGCAAGAACAUGCGGUCGCUUCCAACACUGCCCAGGUCUGUUGAGAAGAUUACAGUAAGUUACUGCAGUGAUGAGUUCACACAAUCUUGUGUAACGACUGAUGAUCCAAACUGGCAGAAGAUUGAGCACAUUCCAAAGAAAACAAUUAAAUUCUAUAGUGAAAAAGGUCCACAAAACAGUUAG